AUUAGAAGGGUCACUCUCUUAUUUUGACCGUAACGAUUUAUAAAGAUAUCACUACUGAACAUCUUUCAUUUGAUUCAUGAAAUAAUAAUCUUUUUUUUUUCUUUAGGUUUUUGUCUUUAUUCAAUGUCUUAUAUUAGUAUCUGAAUCUUAUUUUAAUGAACCUGAUCAUGAACGUACACGUGGUACAGCAACUGGUACUGUUCAAUCACUUGAAUAUGAUCCUAAUAUUCGACAAGUAACAGUUCGAUGGGUAAUACAACAUUUUUACUUAAAAUAUCAUCAAAUAAUAAAAAUAAUAGAACAACAAAAACAAAAUCGAUCACCAUCAAUAAAUACAAAUACAUAUACAUAUGAUGUAACAUCUACACAUUCAAAUAGUUUAAUAUCAGAUUGGUGGACAUCAACUGAUACACCAAAUGUACCAUUACCUUUAGAACGUUUUGAUUAUUAA